AAGCUCCAACUAGAGAAGACGAAGGGCGCCGACGGUGACACGUACUUGAAGGUGUCCACCCUUCAAACGAAGAUCGCCGUAGGAGGCGGGAAGCUGAGAUUGCAAAAUUUGUUUGGUGGCGAUCCAGCUUUGGGCGAAGCUGUGAACGGAGCUAUCAACAGCAACUUCGAUUCUUUCAUACAGGAACUCACACCCGCUCUCGAGAGCGCGAUUUCGAGCACGUUCACACAAAUCGCGGACAGUGUUCUAAGCCAGUUCUCGUACGACACGCUAUUCCCCGACGCGUAGCUCUCAGGUAUUAAAUCGAAGGAUUUGAAAGGAUUGAACGUCACUUUGGUCUAUCUAUAGAUUUUUACAUCUUGAUUCAUCGAACUUUAUUCAAAGUUGUCUAUCUUCUCAAGGGCAAAGGACUUCACCGAUGCAAGAGAAUUGACAUCGUCAGUGAAAAUAGUAUUAUAUAUAAACGAGCACAUAAUCGAUGCUUGAAUAAUUAAAAUCAUAUCUUUUAAAUACAUGAUUCCAAGAGUUGAGUAAAAUGCAGAGAUCUGCUAUCACAUUGGAAGGUACAUGAUUACCACACUUGAGAUUGAAGUGGAAGAUGGAUUUCAUAGAUAGACUUACGUGAUGAUUAGGAUUAAUCACGAGUGCCUCGAUAUCAAACUGCAUUCUGGAACUCAAGUAUUUCCAUGAUAUUACUUGAAUAGAAAAUAAAAUAUGAUACUAUGAUAAAUGUCAAAUUGAUCGAAAAAUUAGAAAUUUACAGAGAAGAUUUCCCACGCGUGUAACGUGACGAUGUGAUUUGAUAAAUUUUCGCUAACGACAUGGAAUUUGACUGUAUUGGUAUUACGAAUAUGUAUUUCUAAUGUUAGCAUUCCAUUAGUUCCUCUGCUUAAGUUUUUUACUUUCUUCCGACUGCUUUAGAAGUGGUCCAUAAAUUGUAAUUUUUCAGAUUAGUUUGUAUUAAUAAAAUGAAAUUUGUACAACA